GUUUACUGAUUACCCAUGACGAUAACGACGACUACUAAGACAAUAACACUCUCCAGUCCCACCUUUAUUGCUUUUGGUAUCAAUAAAAUAAAAAUAAACAAGCCCGCAAAACAGACGCCAAACAAAAAAUUGGCAGCGUUUACAAUCUACUUUCUCGGCAUUCCCACCGCCUGGCAGCCUCUAUCGAUGCACUCGAUAUCUCGGCUAAUGCUGCCUGGCGCUAGAACCAGGAAGGCGCUGAGCUUAAACUGGAGCAAGUACGGUGGAGGCCUGCGGCGCCCUGAUCUGAAGAAAAGUCUCAGGGUCUGCGGCGUUUGCAAGUCAACGGAAAGUGUGAGGCCAAAGGUCUGGACCCAGAAAUGGGACGUCGGUCAUCAGAUACUGAAGAAGAAAGCAGAAGCAAGAGAAAAAAGAAACACCGUAGGCGGUCCUCCUCGAGCAGUUCUUCAGAUAGUAGAACAUACAGCCGAAAGAAAGGAGGAAGGAAAUCAAGAUCAAAGUCAAGAUCUUGGUCCAGAGAUCUUCAGCCUCGCUCACAUUCUUAUGAUAGAAGACGCAGGCAUCGAUCAAGCAGUAGCUCUUCUUAUGGCUCUAGAAGGAAACGAAGUCGAAGUCGUUCAAGGGGUCGAGGGAAAUCCUAUAGAGUUCAGAGGUCUAGGUCAAAAAGCAGAACAAGAAGAAGCACUCUUUUUGCCUGCUGCCAUCCAUGUAAGAUGUGACUUGCUACUCCCUGCCUUCCACCAUGAUUGUGAGACCCCCCCAGCCAUGUGGAACUGUCCAGGUCAAGACCGCGUCCACGUUCUCAUAGUCGUAGCAGUGAAAGGUCCAGUCAUAGAAGAACGCGUAGUCGGUCUCGGGAUAGAGAACGACGUAAAGGCAGAGAUAAAGAGAAGAGAGAAAAGGAGAAGGAUAAAGGGAAGGACAAGGAAUUACAUAACGUUAAACGUGGCGGAUUAAGGGCCUAAAGGAAUAGAGGAAGUGAAUGGACACUGAUGUUUCAAAAUAUCUCAUUUUGCCUAAAAGCAAGUACCGGCAGAUAAAUGCCCAUAAAGGGAUUUCUUUCUUAAGCCCCGUGGAUUUUUUCCCCCGCACAACUUUUUGUGUGAGUUAGAAAUGAAAACCAUUCAUCUAGUGCCCCAAAGAACGGCCUUAUUGAAUGGAAUAACAGUGUAAUGUACCAUUGAAGGCAGGAUUGAAAGUGAUUAUCUUGUUAACUCUUGACAGUUACCGCCAGCUUGAAAUGGAACCGGCAGGCUUGAUUUGCAAAUGAAUUAGAGCUUUUUCAUUUUGUGCCAGGAUCAUCUUUUUAUAUUCUGAUAUGACAGAUGCUAUGUUCCAGGCUUUUGUUUUUCUUCCAAUUUAUACUUGCAAAUAAAAAACAAAAGAUUAUUAUAGUCAUUUUAUUUGCAUCUUUUCUCUUGGAGUUUAUUCUUUGUGUAGAAGUUUUUAAUCUUAUGUUUUUUUUUUAAAAAAUUUAAGACUAGUAUUGUUUUUUCCAGAAUUAAAUUUGAUUAAGUACAGCAGCAAUUGGGUGAGAAGAAAGAUUAUAUGGGCUUUCAAAAUAGAAAAUAGUUGCAAACAGAAUAUUGUAGUUAGUAAAAAUGGAAACUUUUGGCUAAAUUUAAUAUCUUCACCCCUUGGUAACUGUUGAUGUAAAUUCAAACUUCUGGAGAUGUUUCAAGAAUAGUACAAGAAACUCCCAUAUACCUUUUAAGUAGAUUCUUCAGUUAUUUACAUUUUCCACCCACUUAUUUUAUUAUCUCUUCCUCCCUCUCCUCCAACUCUUUAUAAAUGUAUAUUUUCUUAACUGAAGGCGAAUAUAUUGGGAACAUUGUUCCCCUUUACUAAUAAAUGGUAUAUAUAAGAUUAAAGACGUUGUCUUAUACAGCUAUGAGUACUAAAUUUUGUGAAGUUUAAAAAGAACAGUUUUUGUGUUUUUGUCUUCUGAUAUUAGUGGAAAUCAAUAUGCAGGUUUUAAUCCACACUGUCAUAAUGCUUCUGUUUAUAUUCAGAAAUCAUCUCAGUGGUGUAUGGCAAUUUUAAUGCAUUAUUAAUCUAUAACUUAUAAACCUAGAGCUCUGUUUUAUUAGUUCAGAUAGUUUUUAUUAUUGCAGGGUUUAUAUAGUUAAAACUUGCUUAUUCCAUUUAGUAUUAAAUGUUCAAGGUAGUAAACAUACCUGACCCUAGUCUAAGUCAUACACAUUUAUCAUUCAUAAAGGUCUUUACACAUGCAUAUAUACACACACAUUCAUCUUCUUGUGGAGUUAGGCUAAGUAUUUUUUAAUUGUUAUAUAUGUAUUCAAAAUGUAAGGUUAUGUAAAUCUAUUUUCUUUUUUCUCUGCAAACAGUCAUAUUUUCUUCUGUUGUACAAAUCUUAAUUUAUCUCUGCCGUUCUACCGCAAUGGCUUUUCAGUAUGAACAUUAACAUGAGGUCUGUUUCCUAUAAUACAAAGUCUAGGCAUUCAGAACAUGUAUUACAUUGAUAUGAUAUAUUGAGAACCUUUAUAAAAAUGUCAGUGCAUUUAUAAGGUCUGAUUAAUUGGGUUGGUGAGCAUCACCAUCCUAAUAAAUAAGUGUUACUCUAAGUCUACUGUCUUUGAGUUAAAACAUGAUAGUAAUCUUGGAGGGAAAAUAUGUAGAUUGAGUUGAGAAGCAAGCAGGGACAUUUCUUAAUAUUCCUUCUUUGGAUUCCAUUCAUUCUCUCUGUCUUUCUUUCACUCUUACUCUCACUCUCUCAGGCUCUCUCUUUCUCAUGGUAUUGCUUGAGUCAUGUUUACUGACUGUAUUAAGCUUUGUGAAAUGUAUAGUUGUUUUUUAUAGUAUAACACUACACAGAUUUAAAUAUUAAAAUUUUUAUCAUAAACAUGGUAUUGACCCUA